ACCUAUAUACUACGUUAUCUAUUUCAUCGAUUUCACUAUAGUCUGGCUACAGUCGCUGCUAAAGAAAUCAGUAGGUGGACUACAACAAUUUGAAGCGUACUUGUGUACAUAAUCUAAUUUAACAAGUAAACAAAAUUACUUUUAUCUAAUUACACAUUCUAAAAUUAAAAUUUUUCUAUUAAUACAUCCGUAUACAUUUAACUUUCAAGACGACCUUGUUUAGUUAAUCAAAUUUCAAUAUCAAAGUAAAUAUCUACAUGUGUAUUUAUUAUUACAAAGUAAACUACUAUCAAUAAGUGUUGUUACAAUUAUUAAAAUAAUUGUGUUUUAGUUUAGAAAUGAGUACCCCCACUUCAGCUAGUUCCUCGAGCUCGAGAUUCAUGAUGGCUGAAAUGUCAGUUUGUUGAAGCUGCGAUCGUGGGUGUCUUGUGUUCGUGUUCACUUGUGUUGUAUGUACAGUGUAUGCGCCAUCAGCAAGCAGCAUAACAUAAGGGCAGUGGGAGCGGGAGUACGUGAAAAUUUCAGUGUGUAUAUCUAGAUGCCGUCAUGGAUGAAACUACAACUAAUGUUAAAUUAUUUCAACAAUACUGUGUUUUUUUUUCGAACGGAGCAAUAUUGUGAUUUGUCAGGUCUUAAAAUCCAUUCUCUGAUACAUACUUGACAUCGUCUGGAUCAUCUUGUGAGUAGUGAGUGAUCGCGUGGGCGUCGUGGUGUCCUUACAAAUUGUUACGAUACUGUGAUGACCAUCCAUUGUCGAAAGUGAUUCAUUCUUUUUAGAUUAUUUUAUUUUUUUUUUACUAACGUCUUGCUGAUAAACAGUGGCAUUUAAUGUUUAAAUUCGAUCCUGGAGGUGGAGAAGGCGGGGAAGGAGGAGGUAGUGGACCAUUAAUUUGUGCUGGAUGUCUUAAUGCUAUUGAAGAAGAUGAAUUCAUUCAAGCACUCAAUCAAGAAUGGCAUAUUGAUUGUUUUCAGUGUUCAGCCUGUGAUGCUUCUUUAUCGUCAUGGUACUUUGAAAAAGAUGGCCUACUAUUUUGCAAAGAUGAUUACUGGGCAGCUUAUGGAGAAGCUUGUCAAAGUUGUGGUCAAGUUAUCACCGGACCAGUUAUGUUGGCUGGAGAUCACAAAUUUCAUCCAGAAUGUUUUGCAUGUAAUUCAUGUGGUGCAUUUAUUGGUGAUGGUGAAAGCUAUGCUUUAGUUGAAAGAUCAAAACUUUAUUGUGGAAUUUGUUAUAAACGACAAAUGCAGCCACUUAAUCGAACGGCAAAUUAUCCAUUUGUUAGGAAGCCCCACAGUAUAAGACUAGUAGAGAUUCCUCCUGGUACUAAAAACUCUGAAAAACAGAGAGGAAUUAAACUUACUUUGGAUUCAACACCCAGUCCUCACAGCUGUGGAUGUGGUCUACUCAGAAUUUCCGAGUUAGUGAGAAAUGUACGCGGAAAGAUGAAUAAACUGAUGACCUCUGUGGUGGAGGUUCUAUUUAGACUAUGCUGCAGAUUCUUUAAUAAUAGGCUCAGUAUGUCUGGAGAUUUGAUGUCUCUACAUAUAGGAGACAGAAUACUAGAAAUAAAUGGAACACCGGUAAAAGAUCAACCUGUUGAGAGUAUUGAAAAUCUUAUACGAUAUUCUGACUCAGUGUUACAACUAACGAUUGAACACAAUCCUGACGCAUUAUCGCGACGAAGCAAUUUUUCUACGACUUCAUCAGCUUUUCUUUCGACGGCGAUAAGUCCUCGAACGAGUCCAGAAAGUAGAGAGCGAAUAUUUAAACGUCGAGACGAGGGCUAUAUAAGUGGAAAUCGGAGUCGUCAAUUAAAAAGAUCUAAGGAUCCAUCGAAUAAAGAACGUAGCAGUUCAAUGUCAAGAUUGUUGGAUUGUACACCACCAUCAAGCUCAACCUGCGAUUUGAGUAGAACGAGAUCAUUCCGCGUGGAACCAAAAAGUCAACGAAUUUUCCGUGCAAGUGAUUUAGUCAAGGGUGAGCUCUUGGGUAAGGGUUUUUUUGGGCAAGUAUAUAAAGUAACGCAUCGUGAAACCAACGAAAUAAUGGUACUAAAAGAGUUGUACAGAGUAGAUGAAGAAGCACAAAAAAAUUUUCUUAAAGAAGUAGCAGUUCUUCGAUCUUUACAUCACAACAAUGUACUUCGUUUUAUUGGUGUACUUUACAAAGACAAAAAACUUCAUCUUGUUACUGAGUACAUCGCUGGUGGUACUUUGAGAGGACUACUUCAUGAUACGAAUGUACCGUUGCCGUGGGAACAAAGAACGUCAUUCGCUAAAGAUAUAGCUGCUGGUAUGGCCUAUCUUCACUCAAUGAACAUAAUACACCGGGACCUGAAUUCACAUAAUUGUCUUGUUCGAGAAGACAAAACCGUAGUUGUAGCCGAUUUUGGGUUAGCGAGAAUAAUACAAAAUAGUAAUUCAUCUGAUAAAAGACGAUACAGUGGACCAUCAUCGGCUGAUGGUGAGACAAAGUGUCCACGAAAAGAAAGAAAAAAACGUUACACUGUCGUAGGUAAUCCAUAUUGGAUGGCACCAGAGAUGAUGAAAGGCAAUAAAUACGAUGAAAAAGUCGAUAUUUUUAGCUUCGGUAUUGUCGUAUGUGAAAUAAUUGGACGUGUUCAAGCAGACCCAGAUUAUCUUCCACGUUCUUCUGAUUUUGGACUAAAUCAAAAAGUAUUUAGAGAAAAGUUUUGUGCUAACUGUCCAGAAACUUUUUACAUGAUUGCUUUUUUGUGUUGUGAUUUAAAUCCAGAUAAAAGACCACCAUUUGAAGUUAUGGAAGUUUGGUUAGAAGGUUUGGCAAUGCAUUUGUCUGUUGGUGCUCCUCUUUCACCAGAUUUAGAGUCGGAUAUUCGGUAUUACACUGGUCCUAGUCCAAUUAGCAGUGAAUCUACAACUCCAGAAUCACUGGCACCGCAAUUAAGACCUAUUAAAGAAGGAACAGUACAUCAAGAAAAAAAGAGAAAUUGUUGUGAAGAUAGUACACUGGAAAGGGAAAUAGAUGUUGCUACAACUGAAGAGUUUAAAGUACCAGAACCACCUAGAGAACGAUAUUCACGGCAAAAUAGUCAGACUGAUAUUUCAAAAAACUCUGGAAAAUUUUCUAAUCAAAAUUUACGAUCUAAAGUUACUGCUGCUGCUACUACUUCUACUAUGACUGCUUCUAAUGAUAGUGAUUCGCCGAGUAUUAUUAUUUCACCUGACUUGAGUGGUUUUAAUGGACGUUUUUUGAGAAAUCAAACAAAGUUAAAGGACUGUAAUCAAAUUAUUAAAACCACCGAUGAAAUAAUUGGCGAUGAAAGUGAACGUAAAACUUUAAAAAACAAACCACCACUAGGAAUUGAAGUUACAAAGUCUCCGGUAAAAGUUAAAAUACCUUUAAUGGAAAAAAUUCGAUACGUUGGCAAUAUAAAUACACAAAGUAAUUUUGAAUUACCUACUGAACUAAGUAAUGUUGACAAUAAAUAUUCAUACAAAGUUAAUUCAGUAGUGAGUCCAAAAAAUGUGGAAAAAAAAUAUGAGUCUCUGGAUAAUUGUUCAUUAAAAAAUGACGAACAGAGUCCAAUUGAUAAGUCGUGGAAAUCACCAGAAGCGGGUGGCUUUGUUGGUACUUAUUUUAAACAAAUUAGUAAAUUAAGAAAUUCUAUUGAAAAAAGCAAUAAAUCGGUCGGUCGGCAAAAUAAUAAUAAUGUAAACGCAACAGCGAGCAAUGAUGUCAAAAAAAAAGGUAAAGAUUCUAGUAAAACAUCCGCAGGAUCUUAUCUUAGGCGGAUGAAAAUUUCACCGACAAAAGAGCAAUCUAAAAAUGCGUUUACUAGAGAAGAAGAUGAACCGACAAAUAAUAAAGAAUCAUUAGAACAACAGGAUGUUCUAUUAAAAGAUAGUGAUAGUGAUAAGGAUAAUUUAAUUUAUAAUGAUUCGUUAAAUGAUUUAAAUAAUUUUCAUACUAAAGAUAGUUGUUGGUUAAAGAGACAAGACAGUGUUGCUUCGAGUAUCGGUAGUAUUUUAUCCCGACACACGAGUCUUGCAGUAUCAGAUACACUUCCAUUGCGAAAUUAUCCUGAAAAAAUUUCAUGUCAACCUCCUUUUACAGAAUUACUUUGUCGGCAAGAUAGUUUUUGUUCUAAUGAUAGCACUUCUAAGGCUGAUGAGUAUUCAAGUUUAAAUGACUUUGAUAUUAAUAAUAUUGACAGUCAUACUGAAUCUAAUGAUAAACAAUUUUUUACAAAACAAUCGAUAAAUAGUGAUGAUAUGAGAUUUGAUUAUACAAGUGAUUUAAAGUUAUCAUCAUAUCCACAAGUUAAUUAUACAGAAUGUUAUAAAAAUAAACAAGUUGAUUUAUGUAGACAAGAUAGUUUUAGCACAGACAGUGCUGUAGGAACAAUGCGUAGUGAUUUUUUUGAUGAUAUUGACGUAGCUGAGUUACGUAAAAAUGCUGAAGAACAUGAAAAUUGUUGUACAGCUGAUAAAUUUUGCCCACUAAAUCGUAAUGCUUCACCAAUUGAAAGCACGGCAUUGUAAACAUAUUUUAAUAAUAUAUUAUAUUUAUAUUAAUUAGUAUUAUUAGUAAUGAAAA